AUGCGUUAACAAACAUAUUCUUUAAUAUUUGUGAGCUAUGUCUUAAAUCUUGAAUUUGAGAUAGACACCUAUUUCUAAAAAGAAUUAUAGCUAUAUAAAUAAGAAGGCUUUUCCAAACGAAAGACUUUACUUACCUGGCUGGAGUUUGCUAUCGAUCAUGAAGGGUAGCGGCUUAGGGUGGAGCAGGUCAUUGCACAAAAGAUGUCUGUAAUACCUUAUUGUUCCCCGUGCGGGGAACCGAAACAGCACAAUUUCUGCUAGGGGAGACGUGCACUUAGUGCUGUCUCCGCUCACACACCCCUUAAUUAAUCAAACAAAAACAAAUUCUUUUCUUCUUUCAAUAUAUUUUAUAAAUUUAAAUAAAUAAACAAAAAUACUUUAAAAACUUAACAAAACAAAACCUUAAAAAAAUUAAAUUAAACAUAAAAUAAGAAGAAAAGUAAAUAUGAAUUAUUUAUUUAUUUACAAAAUACUGAAAAAAACUUGAUUUUAAAAGUUUUAAAAACUAAAAAAAUGUUAGAACUAUUUAAAUAUAAUUCUGUAUUAGUAAAUUGUAUUCAAUUUUUGAUAAGUAUUAUCAUUUACUAUUUACAUAUUAAAAGUAAGUAUUCAUUUAAUUUUAAUUUCUAAAUUGUUUAUAAAAAGUUUUUAUCAUCAAAGUAUUGUAUUUCUAAACGAAAAUAAAAGCCAAGCUAAUUAAUAUUAACAGUUUUUAAUAAAUGA